UAUAUUUUUUCUUCUAUUUUUUUUCAGCCUUUCAAUCACAAUGAAAUUCGCUAUUAUGCUGCAUCCAUUUCAGCAAAUGACAGAAUUGUCUCUUCGGGCUUUUGAUUAGCCAGCUUGCUUCUUUGCUCCUCUUCACCUUCUCUCUCUUUCUCUUACCUUUUCUAAAUUGAGAUUUUAGUUGAUGAGAACAAUUUUGCAUUCUUUUUGGGUUGGGCAGCAGUCCCAACCAAUUCAGCCAAUCACACCUCGACGACCUCCAUCUCCCUGCGUCUCCCACCGCCUGAUUUCCUUAAUACUAGCAUAGGUGAUCUGGUAUCACUUGUCAGCUGUGGAUCACUACUUUUGGUCGCAGAAUUUCGUCAAAAAAAAAAAAGUACAAUUACAAGCUGCUGGAUCUCUGCGCUCCCUCGCCCUUCCCUCCCAAUUGCUUUUGCUUUCACUUCCCAUCCCUUGAGCACCUUGUGGAACUUUCGUAGCUAGCUAGCAGAGUGCUAGUUUUUCUUGGUUCCUGUCCUUCUACGACAUACAACUCGAGGGAGAAGGAAACCUUCUACCCAGAAAGAAAAAUAUAAAGGGAGAAGAAACCCUUUUUCACUUUUUACUGCUCCAAGUCUUUUGGGAAUUGGGAUCUCCUUGCUUCUUUUCAAGUAUAGGUAUAGAACUAGCAUCUCUUUUCCUCCAUUAUGCCUUUCUUAUCUAAGCAUCCAAAUUGCAGCUCUAUGAAUGAACUCAUAGGAUGUUUUUUCGACUUUUUGGUUUCUUUGGAUAGCUUACUCUUUUGCCUAUUCUCUGAUUCUGUUCUUGGAGCUUAAACGCUCUCCCUUUCUGUUCUCAAGUGUUGGAAGUCUUAGGACUAACGUUGAAAAUGGGGUUUUAUGGAGGGGUGCCCUAUCUUUCUUGCCUUUAGGAUCUCAUAAAGUGCCCUGAUGUUUGCCAUUGACAAUUUACUACUAACACCUACUUUUUCCAAAGCAUAUUGAAUUCUCCUUGGGCUUUGGAGAAUUGAGUGCCCUUUUCAAGAUUCCCUCACCUCGUAUAACCGUGUCCAAAAGGUAUUCAGAUUCUUUUCACAUAAUGCCUGUUGAUUAAAUGCUCAUCUGGCCCUAGAACCAGAAACCACUACUUCCUCCGCAUUUCCUCUCUGGGUUCUCCCGAGGAAUUCUUUCCUCGGCUAAAUUUUCCAUCGAUUCUCUCUUCCAGCCUUUUUGUCGCCAAAAUCUUUUUCUUUUUUUUUUUUAGCUCUGAUGAACCGAGGGAUGGAAAUUCUCUCUCCCUCGCCCUAUCUCGGGAACUCCAGUUGGUUGUUUGAGGAAAGCAAAGGAGCAAAAUGGACACCAGAAGAGAACAAGAGGUUUGAGAAUGCGCUGGCUUUAUUUGACAAGGAUACCCCGGAUAGAUGGUUCAAUGUGGCCACUAUGAUCCCGGGUAAGACCGUGAGUGACGUGAUCAAACAAUACAGAGAAUUGGUUGACGAUGUUGGUGACAUUGAGGCUGGUUUAAUACCCAUUCCUGGGUACACAGGUGACUCUUUCACGUUAGAGUGGGUAAACGAUCACGACUAUGACGGCCUGAAGCAAUUCUACGGCCCAGGGGGAAAGCGAAACUCAUCCAAUCGCUCUUCUGAUCAUGAAAGAAAGAAAGGUGUGCCCUGGACAGAGGAAGAACACAGGCAAUUUCUUUUGGGUCUCAAGAAAUAUGGUAAAGGUGACUGGCGAAAUAUAUCUCGCAACUUCGUGACCACUAGGACCCCGACUCAGGUCGCCAGUCAUGCCCAGAAGUACUUUAUCAGGCAGCUUUCUGGGGGAAAAGAUAAAAGGAGAUCAAGCAUUCAUGAUAUCACAACCGUAAAUCUUGCUGAAAAGAAGUCUCCCUCCCCUGAUGAUGACGGACCUCCAUCGACAGAUGAAUCGUCCCCAGUUCUUCAGCCAUCAGCCAAUUCCGAUAUGAAUGGUAUCUCCAAAGCAUUUUACGACUAUAACCCACCAAAUCAAGGAGCAACCAUGGCAUUCCACCUUUCAAACAGCAGCACAACAUCAACACCUCAUCAGAUAAUUUCAUAUGGACAAAGGCCUAGUGAUCGUAACACCCAUGGCAUUGCUUUGCAUGGAUUCCAGUUUGGAGAUGACAAUUCAUUUUUCCAAAGCUAAGUGCCGCAAUACAUCAUUGAGUCGAUGCAGAAUGGAAGCCUAUUUUACAAGGUUUUGUUUGUCAAAAAGGAUGUAAAUAGCGUGCAUGGACGGUAGUUUGUGUAGCAGACAGAGAUAAUCAGAGGCCACACUGGGUUUUUAAUUAGGUCAUUUAAAAGGGUCGUAGCUUGAAGGGAAGUUCCUCCCUACUUUCUGGCUUCGUCCUCCCUCUCCGGACGUUCGCAUACAUAGCUAAGACUGCGGCAUGGAAAAAAAGGGCGUUGCUGUGCUGCGCUUUUUUAAUUAGCAGGUGUACACGUUCCAAUUCCAAACAACGUUGACCUGACCGAAUGUCAUCUAGUUGAUGAACCUUCCACCACAUGAUUCAAGGCUUUAGAAGCUGUUGGAAUUGGAGUACUUCAAUUAAAACUUGACCAUAUGAUUUUUCAAUCUAGGAUGACAUUCGGAACUCAAA